CAACGCUGUUUACAAACAGUAAUUUCACCUUCGCAAAAUGUGUGAUACUGACAGCAAUACUUAAUUCUUUGCAUUUUUCCCACUUUGCUGUUAUUAUUUACUACGAAUUUGUGCCAUCCUUCGAGUUCUCACCCUAACGUUAGUUCUGAUUCUUUGAGACCACAUGAUGGUUUUCAGAAAACUCCAUGAUCAGCGAUCACACCGACGUCGAGAUCAAACAUUGGGUUGUGCAAACUCGGCAAACGGUACCCCAAAACAAUCUGUGCCCAUGCACGAAAAAGCAGAAGCUCUAAGGGUUGAUGAGAAAUCCAGGAAAAUGUGUAGCCUCAGGAAAGCUGUGCGUGCUGUAUUCUGCCCUAGGAGGGAGAAAAACAGUGACCUCACCAAUCUAGGCGAUUUAGAUGAAAAGUCAUCCUCUAACCACCAGUGCUACACUGUGGAUUGUCAACCAGCUAGUCCUAGUCACCAGGAGUCUCCAACACCUGACCAGACUCUACAAGCAGAGAGCCCACUGCAACAGGUUGCUGUCGACAAGUCUCCACAUCAAGCAACCACUCUGGGACAAUGCCAGCAAGCUGUCCCAGACCAGCCAGCAGUAACCGGCAAGGCCUGUCAGCAGAUACACGCCACCACCAGCGAGGACGGCAAAACAAGCAAAGGCUCUCUAUUAUCCUGUGCAUCUUUGCAUGCAUUGAGCCAAAUGACAUCUCAACAAUUGCAGGACUAUUUGACUGUCCUGUCAGCACCAGCCAAGAACAAAAAGAAGCCUGAUUGUGUCAAGGCUACCAAGUCUAGCACUGACUCUGCAUACUCUGGAAGUGAAGCCACUGAAUCAUCCAGUACAUGUACUUCACCUCCUCUGCCCCAGGAUAAGGCAGCCCCUCCAUCAUCCGUCAUCCCUGAGGUUGUCUAUCACCCUCAUCUUGGCUGCAGGAUGUACAAACGUAGCGAGAUCAAGCCUGCUGCAGUUGACCAAAAUGGACAGCAAGGCCUAGUGGGUGAGGGAGCAUUUGCUCAGGUGACAGCCGUCCGUCUACCAGAUGACACUGUAGCUGCAGCCAAGGUCCUUCAGGCACAAGACUCGGAGGGACCACUCUGGCAGGAAAUCAUAGCUGUGGCAGCACUGGGAGAGCACCCUUCAUUCCCCAAGCUGUACGGUGUGGUAGAGCAGCAACCUCUACGGACAAUGCUGUACGAGUUUGUGGGUGACAAGGACACCUUAUCUGUCACAACUCUACAGGAUGCCUUGGACUGGAAUGGCACCCCUGCAGCACUCUCCCGCAAGAACUGGCUGAGAAUUGUGAGGAAUGUAUGUGAGGGCUUGCUUCACAUGCACAACAAUGACUAUGUGCACUGUGAUAUUAAACCAGACAAUGUCCUUCUGUACAGUGUAAAGGAAGGCAAGAAGACCAGAUGGUUUGCCAAGAUCAAGCACUUCAUUGAUCAGAUGUACCAGGAGUGUCCUCAGAUGGCUCCAGAGGUCAUGGAGGGGGACUCGCCAUUCAACAAGCCUGCCGAGAUCUAUGCAUUAGGGGACCUGCUGAUAAACAUUGGAAAGGCAGCAGGAAUCUGGCGACUGCGCAGAACUGGCAAGCGGUGUCAGCAUAUUGACUUCAGAAAGCGCCCCACGAUGGCACAAGUGUGGAAGAAGUUGUCCAAACACUGGAAGUAG